UGACUCUUCCUCCUUCUAUCUCUUUCGGCGACUUCUUUGCCUUUUCAAGCUGCACUCAGAAGACAGGAUGGCGCCUGCUUCUUUGGACCUGCCCGAGGCGAGCUUCUCGACGAUUGCGCUGCAUGCGGACGAUCCCCGGGACCACGGCCGGGGCAGCGUCCCCGUCGCGCCGGACCUGCAGCUGAGCACGACGUACCGCACGCCGCACCCGGACUCGGAGGCCGGCCAGCGACUCCGCGAGCUCGGCGAGGAGGGCCUGGACUGGGAGGACCCCGUGGCGCACAUCUACUCGCGCUACACGUCCGAGACGCGCGCACGGGCCGAAAAGGUCCUCUCGGGCAUCAUGGCCGGCCACGCCCUCACAUACGCCAGCGGCCUCGCCGCUGCGUACGCCGCCGUGCUCCACUAUGCGCCCGCUGUCAUUGCCAUCCGCAAGGGCUACCACGGCGUGCACUCCUCCAUCGACGUCUUCCUCCGCACCCACCCCAACACGCGGCUCAUCGACAUCGACGACGAGUACCCUGCGGAUCUCCAGCCGUCGUCCUUGACAACUGGCACAGGCACAGACACAGGCCGCAGCGCAUCGGGUGGGCUACUCGUCUGGCUCGAGACGCCGCUCAACCCGACGGGCGAGGCGCGCGACAUUGCCCACUAUGCGCAGCGGGCCCACGCCGCCGGCGCCGGCGCGCACCUCGUCGUCGACUCGACGUUUGCGCCCCUCCAGCGCGCCCUCGACCACGGCGCCGACAUGGCCAUGCACAGCGGCACAAAGUACUUUGGCGGCCACUCGGACCUCCUCGUGGGCGUGCUCGCCGUGCGCGAAAAGGCCGCCUGGGUCUCUCUCUGGCACGACCGCACCUACGUCGGCGCCACGCCGGGCAACCUCGAGAGCUGGCUCCUGCUCCGCUCUCUGCGCACCCUCGAGGUGCGUUGGCAGCGCCAGAGCGCCACGGCCACCAAGCUCGCCGCCUGGCUCCGCAGCCUCGCCGUCUCGACGACGCCCCCUACCGAGCUGAGCACGGCAGACGAGGACCGCGCCCUGCUCGAGAGCCGCAUCGUCGAGCGCGUCUGGCACGCCAGUCUCCAGCCGCGGCGCGACAAGGACCCCAGCGCGACGCCUCGCGAGGUCGAGGGCGGGCCCGACUUUGAUCCAAGCGAACAGCUCCGCCACGGCUGGCCCGCCUGCUUUGCAUUCCGGCUGAGCAAGCCAGCGAUCGCAUACAAGCUGCCGCACGAGACAAAGUACUUUGCCUCGGCCACGUCCCUCGGCGGCGUCGAGUCCCUGCUUGAGUACCGCCGGGCAUCGGACCCCACCGAGGACCCGGCGCUGAUCCGCCUCAGCAUCGGCCUCGAGUCCUUUGAAGACCUGCAGGCAGACUUGCGCGCAGCCAUGAAGAAGUUCAUCUAGCUGUGUGUGUAGAGGUGUGUGUGUGUGUGCUAUAGACAAUCAUCAUCAUCAU